UAUGUCAGGGAAGCUGCAUAUCUAUCAAGGAUGCCUGUUUCUAUCAUACGGUCCUGGUAUCAACGAGAAGGUUAUAUUAAGUCUAUGGCUGACUUGAUUCAGAAAGAGUUGGAGAAAUUCUCAAACCCUGAGGAGGUAAUGAUAUUCUUCAGUGCCCACGGGGUACCAGUCAGUUAUGUUGAGAAUAGGGGUGAUCCAUACAAAGAUCAGAUGGAGGAGUGCAUCUACCUAAUCAUGCAGAACUUGAAGAACAGAGGAGUUGGCAAUGAUCAUACUCUGGCAUACCAGAGCCGAGUUGGACCGGUACAGUGGCUGAAGCCCUACACUGAUGAAGUUCUUGUUGAGCUAGGCCAGAGAGGUGUUAAGAGUCUCCUGGUGAUUCCCGUCAGCUUUGUGAGUGAACACAUAGAAACUCUUGAAGAGAUUGACAUGGAGUACAGGGAGUUGGCUCUUGAAUCUGGCAUUCAAAAUUGGAGACGUGUACCUGCCCUGAACUGAACCUCUUCCUUCAUCACGGAUCUGGCAGAUGCAGUACUAGAAGCCUUACCUGCAGCAACUGCCAUAUCUUCCUCAAGGAAGAUCUCCGAUGAAGACGACAAUGACUUAAUGAGAAAUGAUAUCAAAAUGUUCUUCGGUUCUAUCUUAGCAUUCGUUUUGCUGUUGUCACCAAAAAUGAUUCUUGCAUUCAAGAAUAAUCUCCUUUAAAGGCGAUUAAGAGUAAAACAUGUAAUGGAGCUGUUUCAAAUAUUGAACACAUGUAUGCCAGGAUAAUGAGGAUAUGUGAAACUAGUGGUAUUAUGCUAGCAUAAUAAGGACGUAUCUCAGGACUUGCAUAACGAAGAGCUAUGUCGAUGAAGCCUCAAGAUGCUGAACAUAUAGGAACUACAAAUUUCUUGCCGGAUAUAAUAUUGGUGGAUUAGUCCAAAGUGUAUAUUGAGGAGAUUGAAGUUGAGUAUUGAAGCUUGAAGAUCUGAAGAGAGUUAUUUGGUUUAUUGUCUAUUGAAGUUCCGCUGCUGCUGAAUUGCUGGUGCUGAAACUGUAAGCACAGUUUAGCUUGAGGGGGGCUGUUAAGGAAUGUUGCAUUCAGCAUCUGUUUUAUGUUUGCAACUCAAAACGCUGCCGCUUUACUGUUGAAGAUGCUGCUUGAAUCAAGUCAAAAACGACAUCAUUUUGAUUUCUUUGAGUUUGUCAUAAAAACAGUUAUUGUUCAUUGACUGUGGUUGAUUGAUUCUGUUGACGUUAAUAAAAAUUCUUGCUCAA